AUGGGCGUAAUCAACAUUUCUAUAAAAAAAGGUCAAAAACAAAUAUAUGGAUGGAUGAUCCAUCCAUUUAGUGUUACAGAUAAACGUACAAUUGAACAAUUCUACAAUGAUUUACCUUUAGGCGUUUUAUCUGAAGAAAAUCAAGAGUUGGAAGUUAAAGUUUUUUUGGGAGACAAUAUUCGUGACAUCUCUAAUGGAGUAGCUUUAAAUUGUCCAAUUGCUGAUGCUACCAAGAGUUUUGGUGAAUGUAUUGAACUACGGUUGCAAGAUAUACCUACUAUACAACCGUCAGCUGGAAAAAAUGCUUUUAAUAUUUUGUUACAAGAAUCAAGUCAGCUUUAUUUACCAAAUAUGAAGGAGAAUGGUAAUGAAAAAGAGUGUAUGAAAUUUAAUUUUGUUAAUUAUCUUCAAGAAAAUAAUGCAGGAUGGGUUGGAAAGGAUACUGCUGAAAGUCUUGGACGUGAAUUCAUUAAACAUAUAACGGAAGCAAUUUGGUAUAUUGAUAUGUGUGGUGUUAAAAAAUUUAAAGAUCGAGGAUAUAGCAUUCCCACAUCACCGAGUAUUUUUUUUGAACAUGCUAAUCCAGCAAAAUACAAAAAAAAAAGACCUGAUUUUGAAAAAAAAGUAUUAAAUGGGCAUAUAAGUAAUUUAAUAACUUAUAAAGAAGCAAAAUGGUUUAACAAAUCCUCAUUUAAUUGGUUUAAAAAAACAUUUAUUGAGUUUUUAGAUUCUUUAAUAUCAUACGUAUUGUAUUUAGAUAAUCAGGCAAGGGUUAUGAACGAAAAUCAUGCUUUGGAUAAGCCAGUCCGCUCUAUUGCAGAUUCUGGAACAACUACAAUUUAUAAUGCUAAUAAAUUUCGCUCAGGAGAUAUUAUAAAAAAAUAUGAACCAUUGGUUGAUGCUUUACAAAAAUUGGAAGAUUGGGUUCCAUUAGAUAUAUCACCAUAUUGUUUAGACAAUCCUACCAAACGAUAUGUUUAUCUUAAUGGUUUUGAAAAAGCAUUUCCUUUUAAAGUUGGUCAUUAUUCUUUCAAUUUUGGCAAUAAUUCAUUCAAUGUUACUUGGGUAUGGAAAGUUAAUAUAUGUGUAUCAGAAUCAGAAAGAAUGAAUGAAUCACAAAAGCUUACUUCCGGUCUUGAAGAAUUGGUACCACAAUAUCUUUCCAGGAAACAAAAAUAUGCAUUUAUUAAUUCUGCUGAAACCCUUUUUGGCGCAAAUACAGUAAAAAAAUCAAUCCUUCGAAAUAUCUACAAGACACUUACACAGGAUAGCACUGCAGCUAAUUGUGAAAAUAAAGCAGAGAUUGAUGCACGUGUAGUAAGAGCAUUACAUUUGGGUGAUCCAAACAUUGUAAUUGAUUUACGUGAAUUAAACCUUGGUCGACCAGAAAAAUAUAAUGUUUUUUGGGAAUAUUGUCAAAAAUUUUUAGUUGCAAAAGCAAUUUCAGUUAAAGAUUUACGUAUUCAAGUAGCUGCAAUUUGUCCAGAUGAUACACCAAUACCUCAUAAACAAUGGAUUCAUCUUCAAUUCUGGCCAAAAAACCCCCAAAAUAAUACAAGCCUCCAAUAUACAGGCCGCUUACAAGUAAAAUUUAUGGUGCAAAUUCGCCAACUACGAAUUGAGCAUGAAGAUGCAUUAUUUAGAUAUCUUAAAGAACUGGCUGUUAUACUUUCAGGCUUUAGCUGGUUGGUAUUUCUUGAUGAUAAACAUCGUUGUAAAGUUGGGGAGCCAGGAUUUCCUGUGGCUGCAGUGGAUAGAGGUAGAUCUGUCUUGGUUUCUCAAGAGGAAAGUUUUGUGGUAGCAGAUCAUGAUUUUACGAAAACUGGUCUUAUUCCUAGUGUUACAAUGUUAUGUGAUAUUCCAUCUGAUAUGGAAGGUUCAUUUUAUCGUGGGCAAGUUAAUAUUGGGUUAAAAGAUCCUAUUUUUGAAUCAAGUACACCUAUGCGUCAUGCUGAAUUAUAUGAUAUUCUUAUAAAUUCACAACAAGGACAUCACUACUUGUUAGUUUAUACAGAUGGUGGCAGUGACCAUCAAUUAAGAUUUCUUCGAGUUCAACUUUCAUGGAUAUGUCUAUUUUUAGCUUUAGAUUUAGACUAUUUUGUAGCAGUUAGAACUCCUCCUGGACAUUCCUGGAAGAAUCCUGUAGAAAGAAUUAUGUCCAUUUUGAAUCUGGGUUUACAAUCAGUAGGAUUGAUGCGUCAAGAAAUGGGACAGGAAUUUGAACAUUUAAUUGAAGGAUGUAAUACUAUGGAAGCAAUAUGUGAAGCUGCAAUAAAGGAACCAAGAUUAAAGAAAGAGUUGAAGCAAAGCCUACAACCCACAAUUGGUUUAGUUAAUACAAUUUUUCAACGGCAAUCACUAAAAGAUGAGCCACUUUGCAGAAACCUAUUGAUUUUGAAAAAUAUGGUAAAAAUAUUUUUAAAAUAUGAUUGA